AUGGAAGUAAAUGCAAUCAUCUAAGCCUUAAGUUGUAGCAAGUAUCGAUAUUUUCCUGUCAUUUUCACGUUGUAUUUAGCUCUCUCAGAAAACACUUAGAGUCGUUUGCAAACGGAUGUAUGAGGAAAAGAUCUAAACAUUCGGGGGGAAAUAGAGAGUUAUUCGAGAUUGACUUUACCUAGUUGUGACAUAAUAGAUGUGUUAUAUCUUAAUUAUAUUAAGGACUGUCUGUUACAUUUCUCUGAUUAGGAAACUGUAUUGAUCAGUUUGACAUGUUACAGAGAUUAAUGCCCCCGAUAUACACAAUGAGGCUGGUGAGGAUACGAAAUACCAUUGCUGUGUUUUUAUUUUGUACAGUUAUUCUUGCGUGGAUAUCUUUUUCAACGUUACACUCUCAUGAGUACAGCAAGAGUCACAUUGUUCAUACAGGACAAGAUGCAAUUCGGCGGACGCUAGAUGUAAACGAUUCACCUCAUUAUCGAGCCAGAACUGUAAUCACGAAUAAAUUUGGAGAAGAUUCGGAAGAUGUUUUAGAAAAAAUAAAAUCUAUUGCAAAGUUUAUGCACAAUGCCAAAAAGCAUGUAAGAGGAUCCAAAACGUCCGAUUUCUUGAAGCGAGCCUUGCUUACAAUGAACUUUUUGCUGACCGACUUAGGUUUAAAUCCAGAUGAGUUAUAUAACAGAACUACCUACCCUUCUAAACAUGUGUGUCCUGAAAAGUAUAUGGGAACAACGUUUGGUUAUCCAUAUUUCUACAAAGGAUUCGAAAUUACAAAUUGUACAUAUGGCAUUGCCAUUUGGAAACUUGUAACGAUUAUAAAACAUGUCAAUAAUUUAAAAGAAAAUCCAAUCUCUUCUAUAAAGGAUGUAGACUUCUUUUUAUCAUCAGUUUAUAAAGUUAAUUCUAAUUUUAGUGUAAUACUAGCUGUAAAUAAUGUAAGAAACUUUGCUGAUUUGAGGAUGAAAUAUCCGAGCUUGUCUGUGAUCGAGUCAGCCGGAAUAUCCGAGGGUUCGACUCUAAAUAGCAUGGUUGACAGAGUAAGAACUCCGUAUGUGUUCGUAGCCAGACAUGUUCAUUAUUUAACAAAUGAUUCUCGAUUAGAGAGGCUCAUACGAGAAAUAGAAGUCUUGGGAAUAAAAGUUGCAGCAGGGGCUAUUAGGGAUUCUGAAGGGCACUGGAAAAAGGGUUGUUUCCAGGCAGUGUAUAGAAAUUAUACGUUGAAAUAUUUGGAAGGUUAUGACGAAUCUUUGCACGAAUGUUUGUUUUGUGAUUAUACGCAAGGUCCUUUUGUGACAUCUAAAGAAAACAUGGAAGCUAUUCCAUUUAGAAAUUUAAACGAAGAAGAAGGUUUAUUUGAGGACUGGUUUCUAAGGAUAUCCAGAAAGUCCGACGAAACUAUAACUUGUCCAGAUUCAAUGUUUCAUGUAAAUUCAUUACAGACACAAAAUUACGGACAACUUGCAGAAUUUAUGAAAGUUUGGGAUUUGUUCAAAACUGUUAUGCCAAAUGGAAUAACGUAUGAACAAUUAUGUGUCAAUGAAGUGUAUCAAAAACAUAAAUCAAAAGCAUUAUCACCGUGUUCCGUUCAGUUUAACGCAGAUGCUGUUAAAACUAUUUUAAGAACUUGCGAGAAUGCUGGAAUUAUUUGUGAACUGCAAGAAGGAACGGCUCUUGGUGCCGUGAAAUUAGGAAAAACUCUUCCGUGGGAAAGAGAUGCCGAUAUUACUUUCCUUACUGCAAAUUAUACUGCGUUAAAUAAACUCAAAGAUCAUUUUGAAAGUGAAGGGUUUCGAUUUAAUGACUUAGGGUCAUUAUGGUGCUGCAUAGACAAUAGGACAGCUGGUGGAAAAUUUACAAUGACCUAUAAGGGAUGGGUGAUUGAACUUUAUGGCCAGCAUAUAAUGGACAGUGAACGUUUGAUUUCUGAGGAAAUUAAGCCUACAAAAGUACUUUUGGACGGACAGUGGGUAAAUGUUCCAAGAAACCCUGGUUUAUUUGUUAGAAACAGAUACGGUAGAGAAAUUUAUCAACAUGCAGAACAUUGGUUGUCUACAGGCGGGGAAAGUGGUUGGAUGACCUACAAGACAGAUGUGUUUUUUCCGUGUUCUAAACCAGGAGAUCACGAUUGUUUAGACAGAUACAAUGCCGACGGAGAUCUACCAUUCUUGGAAGUGCUUCCUUAAAUGUGCAUGUACGAUAAAACCAUUUCGUUUAUAAAUCAAUUGUCAUGGUUUUAUUUGCAAUAACUUUAUGUAUGCUUUAUAUAUCGGAAGAGAAUUUUGCAAUAAUGAAAUAGAUGCUGCUGUUAUAAAAUAAAAUGACAAAAUUGUAAUAUUUUUGAAAAAUGAAAUUAAAAAUAAUUAAAUAUCAUCA